UCUCCUCUCUCACAAUGGCCAAGCUUUUCGUGCUCACGGCAACCUUAUUGGCAGUGGCCCGCGCCCAAGUAGGUUACAAUGUGCCAACUCCCAAUGGGCCCGGAUACUCGUACGGCGCCCCGGACCUCCAGGCGGCCGCCUCCAGCUUCGACGUCGCCGCAGCCGAGGACCCCAUCGCCGCCCUGGCCGCCAACAUCCCCGGCGGAGGCGUCCCUGGCGAGGACUACCCCAUCCUGGCCUCCGUCCCCGACACCGGCUUCUCGUGCGGGGAACAGGAAUUCCCAGGCUACUAUGCUGACACCGCCCCGGAGGCCGGCUGCCAAGUGUUCCACAUCUGCCAGUUCGACGGCCGCCAGGACUCCUUCCUGUGCCCCAACGGCACCAUCUUCAACCAGCAGUACUUCGUGUGCGACUGGUGGUUCAACGUGGACUGCGCCGCGUCCGAGCAGUUCUUUGGCCUCAACGCCGACAUCGGGAAGGUCCCCGACAACGCGGCCGCCGCCUCCGACGCCUCCCUCGCCACCUCCUACGGCGCCCCUCAGGCUCAGGCCUCAGCCCAGGCCCCCGUGCAGGCUCCCAACCAGUUCUACGGCGCCCCUCAGGCUCAGGCCUCAGCCCAGGCCCCCGUGCAGGCUCCCAACCAGUUCUACGGCGCCCCUCAGGCUCAGGCCUCAGCCCAGGCCCCCGUGCAGGCUCCCAACCAGUUCUACGGCGCUCCCAAUGGCUUCUAGGACAUCCUAUUCUUCGAUAUCUCGAUUGUGUAGAUUAUAUUUAUAUUUAUGUUGCAAAAUAUACAACUGAAAAUAU